AGUCUUCUUCCUGAAGUCACUUAGAAGUCAUUUCAACAUUUCCACUGCUUUCUAAGAAGGGGUUGGAACAGCAGAAUAAAGAUAUAUGCAACUCUUAAAAAAAUUUGCUACUCAGUGAAAAACCAGUGGUGGUUAAGGAAUCCUUAUGGGUCGAUGCUGAUAACUUGACAUCCUACAGACACCACGUCCUUUGGAGUGCCUGCCAGCGACAUUCUACCAUGAGAUCGUAAUUGAUUCAUGGGGCUAUUUCUUCUAAAAUAAGAUUCUUCCCAAAUCUGAUGGGCAAUCCCACGAUUCAGAGUUGGUAAGUAUGAUGACUGCCUUUAUCCUUCUGAAUGUCUGACAUCUCGUAGUAGUAAUUACAAAGCUGUGUGUGUUUUCUGCACAGGAGCAAACACAGAAUAUUAAGGAGGAAAGGUAGGGAGAGUUUUAAGUUACACAGCUAAGUAAAGGGCUGGUACUACUCUUGGAAUGAGUAACAAUUCUAGCAAAAUCAGUAUUUUGGUGUGAAAUAUUUGGUAGAAAUGUAGCAGCUGCAGAAUCAUUCCUAGUGCGAUAUUGUUAGAAAAUAGAGUCUAUAUUUACAAUCUAUUGAUAAACGAAUUUAUUAAGAAAUGAAAUUCUUGUUAAUUACUCAUUGACUUAUUCAGCUUGCAUUCUAAUAUAUUUUUAUUAGUGGAACUAUUUCUGAACAAAGAACCACUUUUCAGCAACUUUAGAAUUCUGUAUAUUGCUAAGCCAGAAUAUUAAAUAUACGGAUGAAAAUAUUUAAUAAAUACAGCUUAUACCUGCAAAAUAAAAUUAAUUAUUUUUGGUACAUGUAUGAUUUUUUUCCUUAGAUUAAGCGAUUCUGCCUUAGUUGCAACUUGUCCCAUACCAAUGGCUCCCUCUUCAGGCUAUUCCUAAAAUGUGCUGCCUCUCUUCCUAAAUGUGCUGCCUCUCUUUGUAUUUUGUUACAAAUGUUUCAUCUUGUAAGACUCCACCUUGCACGGUCGUGUCUUCUUCUCUGCAUUGUUUCCUCUCAGUAAACAAAUGAUGAAAUAACUAAUGGACCAGGCAGGUUCACUUGCUGUUCCUUGAGACCCAAACAUACAAAUCUUUUAAGCCACAUGGAAGGAAUUUGUUAGCUGCAGAGAAGCUGAGGUUAAAGGACAUCAAAAGGUUGUUUCACCUCUUUUCCUCAUGCUGAAAAACAUCUAGAACAAUCAGAUUGUUCAUAAUUGUAUUAUUCUGACAACUGCCAGUGGCUUCUGUAGACUCUCAAAUUAUGUCUCUGAAAUCCCACAGGUAUCUUUACUACAAAUUUACCCAUAUUCCAUGAGGAUUUCCUAUUAUACACAGAACAGUUAAAUUCUGUACUAUAACCCUUAGGUACAGGACAAGGACAUAGCCCUCUCUCGCGAAUGUCCUAUGUGGUACUUUGCUGUUUUAAAUUUUGUUCAUUCUUUUCAGAUCUUUCCCAAGACACUGGUAAAGCCCGGGGUGCUUCACUUUGCUUCAAUGAAGGGCUCAGGCCACAGCAACUGCUUUGUUUUCAACCCAUUCUUACAGUCUUUACAAGCACAAGAGAAUUGGUGUUGCUGUGCCAUAAAUUUAGCAGAGUAGCCAGUGACUGUUGGACUAUCACUGUAAGUUGUCACUUCUAGCUGGUAAGCUCGUGCACACUGUGUCACUGGAAAGUCAAUGAACUGCAAACCUAUUCCCGAAGAGGUGUUCUCUCCUUGUGUCUCUGUGCCACGCUCUUGAAGUAUGCUAAAAGCUGUUUAACUAAGAUAUGGUCGACUAAAAAAUGUUGUGUCAUCAGGAGAUAAAUAGGAAACCUGCAUUUUAAAAAUCAAAAGACACCGUGAAAAAGCAACUGCAUUUCACCACAGGCAUCUGAAGACUCUUUACAUGUUGCUUCUUUGCUUUGAUAUUAUACUUUAUCAUGUGACUUGGUUUAAGAAGAGGGAAAGAACACUUAGUGUUUCAUCAUCGUGGUUUCUUCACGAGUUUAUAAAACACGAAAUACUUUACAAAUUGCCUCCCUCUUGCCUUUUCCAACUGUUUCUCCCUUGAACUGCACUCCCUGGAAAGGUAUUUUAGUGCCGGAGCGUCGGCACCCUUCGAUUGCUAUCCCUAGGGAACGGCUGCGGGCUGUGCGUCAAGGACUUGCCUCUCCCUGCUCCUCCAGAACAGGUUUCCCAAGGACCAGAUGCAAAUCUCGCUGCGGUGCGAUGCAGGGUGAGAAUGCGAAGCACAGCUUUAUGCACAGCCCUGUGCGGCCCACGGUUACCGCGGCGCAACCCAGGGCGGGGGCCGCCCGAGGGGCAGAGGCCACGCACCACGGAACGAACGCACGGGCAGCUGCGGGAAGCCCCAAACCCGCACCCGCUGGCUCCCGCCAGCGCCGUCUGCUCUCGUCCCGGCAGGCGCACCAAGGUGCGGCCUCACCGGGACGCGCGUUCCGGGGAAACCCUCGUAGCUCCGUCCUUCCUUUAGGGGCCAUCCCAUCCCGGGGGGUGGGGGGCGGCAGCAGCCGGGAGUCAGGGGCGCUGUCAGCGCAGGCCAAGAUGGCGCCAGGGCGGGGGCGCGCGCGCGGCGGCGGCGGCUGCCGUUGGGCGCGCGGCCCCUCGCGCCGGCGGCGGCACGAGCGGCGCCGCCGCACCGGCUCCCAGCCCGCCGGCGCCGCCGCGUCACGUGAGCGCGACUCGCCCCCGCCCCCCCUCCCGCGCGCCGGGCGUGACGCAGCGCGGCGGAUCUACGGCGCGCCACUGGUGACACGGCUCGGCACAAGCGGAGGCGCUCGGCUCCCCCCGCGCGGCGCUAAACCAAAUGAUCUUCAAUUGGUAAUAUCACUGUUAAGAAUGGAUGGGGAGGAAAAUAAGAAGAGAGAUGAUGUUGAUGAGAGUUUACAAGUUGAGUUGACAGAAGAAUCCCCAAGAAAUACAUCAGGAGAAAAUGCUGUAUGUGACUCUUCAUCUCAGCAGGAAACAAAACUUACAUCAGAUGAAGUGUUCAGGGACUUUGAAAAGAAAGAAAAAGAAAAUGGCACAAACAAAACAGCACUUUCAGAAUCAACAAACCUGGAUGUUGUUGAAGUAGAGAAACCUGCAAAUGUCUCCAGGAAAAGAAAGCUGAGUUCUUCAGAAGACAUGAAAGAUACUGGAAAGAAAUUGCAAAAAGUUUUAGCUGGGGAAUCAUGUGGUAUGUUAGCUGGAGCUGUAAAAAAGGAAGGAGUCGCCAGUUGUCCCGAUAGUGACAUAUUUAAUUCAGAUAUCCUGUGCCUACGUUACAAUUUCAGAUGUGCUGCUGAUGAUGCCAUAUUGAAAAUUCACAAGGAAAAUAAACAUUCACAAGAUGUGUCAGUUGCUGUUUCUGAUAAAUUAUAUUCUUCAGAAGAAAUCAGUGUUGUCUGUACAGCUGGAAACAUAGACAAAGACCCUAAAGGCAAAAUGAGUGAUCAAUGUUUACCUUCCUGCUCUGAUAAGGAAAAGCAUAAACAAGAAAGCCUCUCUAAACCAUCCAAAGAGCAAACAGACCCUCACUGUAGUUGCAUAGGUGAGUGUAGUUCAAGGUCGCAUAUGCAUGUUAAACGAGAUCGUGCGAAAUCCAAGAUAUUUUCUUGUGAUCUUUGUGGUUUUCAGAGUGCUGAAGAGAGUCUCCUAAAUUCUCAUUUCCUUGGCAAGACUCACCUUCGACGCCAAAAUCUUGCUGCACGGGGAGGAUUUGUACAGAUAUUGACAAAAAAAUCCUUUAAAAACCAACAAUCUACUGCAACCAAAGAGAGGAAUGUCAGGGCAAAACCUGGGACCAAUAAAUUAAGGGCAAGAACUGCUGAUGCAAAAGAAUUAAGUGUUUGCAGUGCACUGAAAGGCUCAAAAGCAAGCUUAUCUAAACAAAAUGAUGGCAGUGAACUUGUUGAAAUGAUACCAUCUUCAAAUACUCCCACUGAAAAAACAGAUACUAUGACAGAAGAAACAUCGCUUUCUUCUGGUACAGAAGGAAAUUAUAAAGUUCAAACUGAAAAACUAGAAGUACCAGGACCAUCAGAAAAUAUUGUGCAGAAAACAGAAUCACUUCCAACUACCAAAAAGCUACUUAACAGUUUACACAGGACAAGGAGAUUUGAUAAACUGAAACACAAAAGAAAUGUUUUCUUGUUAAGGUCUUCAUUUGGACAGAGUAGGUCUUCUAGAUUAAAAAGUCAGGUUAGAAGAAGAUACAGAUUGUUGGGGAAUGGUAAGAGACCCAAAUCUGAAACUCGGAGAGUACAUGUAAAGCCUAUCUCCAGCACAAAGCUUAAACAUGGUGAAUCAAGCCCUGUGUCACAUACAGAACUAGAAACAGAUGCUAAAAGUAAUUGUAAUACUCCUGCAGAAAUACAAAAUCUUACUGAAUAUAAGCCAAAUACCCCUUCUUCUAGCACUGCAGGUGCUAAAGAUUCUGAAGUUAAACUUAUUGCUGAUGAUGGUGCUCUUCAUACUUGCAUGGAUUGUGGUCAUGUUUUUCAUGACAGAGAAAGUUUGGAAACUCAUAUUGCAGAGCUUCAUACAAAAAGGAUCCAGUUUCAUUGUCAGAUGUGUAGCUAUUCCUCUGGAGUCAGGGAAGACAUGAAGCAACACUGUCAGGAGAGUAAACACCAGAUGGGUGGUUGUAGCUUUAAUUGUCAGCUCUGUUCAUUUACCAGCUUGAAUGUGGACAGCCUUCAAAGCCAUAUGAGUGAAGUGCACAAAAUGUCCCAUAGUUGUCCAGCUUGCAUUCUUUUUUUUCAAUUGGAAGAAGAGCUGAUAAAUCAUCAAAAACAUGAGAAACAUGAUGGUUCAUUAUUUCAGCAAGCUACUCCAUUGAGUAACAGUGAUCAGACCUUGCAAGUGGUACCUCACAGUGACUCAGUAUCGAACAAUAGCCAAAGACUUGCAAAGGAAAUGGAAGUGUCAAUGCAAGAAAAAACACCAGACUCUUCCUUCAUAAAUCAUAGAAAUGAACUAAAGCAUUCUGUUCUGAAUAAAACCCAAUUUCAAUGUAAAAAGUGUUUUUAUAAGACAAGAUCUUCAACAGUUCUUACAAGGCACAUAAAACUCCGACAUGCUCAAGAGUAUCACUUCCUUUGCAAAGCAUGUAAUCUCUACUCACUGAGUAAGGAAGGAAUGGAGAAACAUAUCAAAAGAAGCAAGCAUCUUGAAAAUGCCAGGAAAAACAACAUUGGACUACGUUUUGAGGAAUGUAUUGUGAAGGUUUGCGUUGGUAUUGGCGGCAUUAAAUCAGUAGUGGAUACUUCCAUUGCUGGGAGUGGAAGUACAGAGUUGGAUAAAGAAAUUAUAGAUGUUUCAUCCUCUUCUGUGGAAAACAUAUCGAGAAAUAAGGAAUUUGUUCUACUUGAGCAAAGGAUUGGUGAAAAUGAAUUGGUUUUAGCUGAUGCAUCCAGAGGAGGGAAACCUAAAGGUACUAUUUCUAGGACAUGUACCCAUUGUGGCCUUUUGGCCUCCAGUGUUACGAAUUUGACUGUUCACAUCAGGCGAAAGCACAGUCAUCAGUACAGCUAUUUGUGUAAGGUUUGCAAUUACUACACUGUCACCAAAGGAGAUAUGGAACGUCACUGUGCAACCAAAAAACACAAAAGCCGUGUUGAAAUAGAAGGAUGUGGAAAACAGAACUCGGAGAUCAUUGUUAGCCCUGAAGGAGGCAAUUUUGAAUCCAUGAGCAAGAAGAUUAACAGCCCCAUGACUGCCUUGCCUGAACAUGUUGAGGAUGGUGGCCCGUCAUCAGAUUUGGAAAAUUCUGUCUUAGACAAUCAGGAAGUUGAGCGAGGAGAUGCUGAGAUAAAAGCUGCAAAUGCCAGUAAGCUACCAGAUAUGCAGCCUGGUAGGAAUUCACUGAAUAUAAACCAACAUGUGUUGCUGGAACCAGCGAGGGUUGCUCAAGACUGUGACCCAAGCUUCCAGAGGAGAGCCAUGGGUGCAAACGACAACAAGUGUGUACACUGCAGCUUCAUUGCUCAUUCUGCUGCUUCUUUAGAGCUGCAUGUGAAGCGAAAACAUACCAAACAAUUUGAAUACUACUGCAUGGCUUGUGACUACUAUGCUGUUACUCGCAGAGAGAUGAUAAGGCAUGCAGCAACAGAGAAACACAAAAUUAGAAGAGAAUCUUAUGUUUGUUCUUCUUCUGGGGAGGAAGCAAAUGCAGCAAGUAUCACUAAAGAAGAUGGUGCUGCUUUGCUUCAAGAGGAGCACCAUUGCAGUGCAGGAGAAUCAAAAUCUAAUUUAGAUGAAACAAAGUGUGUCAAUGAUGCAUCAGAAAGUGAUCAUAUGAAUAAAAGCUUUACUGAGUGUACUGCCUUAAAUGAAAAUACAUCUCCAGGAAUCUCUAGAGAUGUCAAUUCCCAAAAUGCAGUAGGACAUGAACUUGAUAAGGAGUCUACAAAUGGAGGAGAAAACCCUUUUUGUGGAGGAUUCCAGGAAACUCCUCAGAAAGAUAAAGUUGUUGAACUUGUCAAGGAAGUAUCAGUUAAAGAAACAGGUACUUGUGAGGUGCAGAAAAGUAAGCAUGGUCAGGAGCUGCUCAGUUCAAAUGAUGACUGCACUGUGGAAAAUCAAAAUAGAUCAAGCCACACAAACUGCAAUUCAGAAAAAGAUGUGGAGAGCUUGGAAGAAAGUAGUGAAAACAUAGAAGCAGAGUGUAGAGACAAAGACAGUCUCAAAAAAAAAUCACUGAAGAAAAAUAACCCACUUAUGCUAAGUCUUCCAGAAACAAGUAGUGCAGUAGAGCAAUCAAAUUUUGCUGGAAACACUGGAGAAGCAGUGCAAAAUAGACAUAGUUUAGAUGGUAACAGAAGUUUCAGAGAGGAUCCUACUGGGGAGGAGGAAGAAGCCCUUAUGGAAGCACAACGUGAAGCUGAAGUAACUAUAAAUAACAAUGUUUGGGAGGCAGAUGGCUCAACAGCUGAGGGCACGCAAGAAAGUAGUAAUGAGGCUUUAGGAACAGUUAUCAGUGCUGAUGAUAAAGGAAAGGCAAUGCAAAAUGUUGGCAAGUUUGAUUCUUCUAUAGUGAGGUUAAAAAGUCAUCAAGAUGGGGAGGCCACUGACCAUUCUGCAGAAGGACAGAUGUCAGGGGCAGUGAAAGCUAGUGAGCUCACAGUGGCAACAGACACUUCAAGUGGUGGGAAAAAGAAGAAGUCAGAAGGAAUUUCCCUUGGGGAAUCGACACGUAUUCGCUGCGAUGACUGUGGUUUUCUAGCAGAUGGUUUGAGCGGGCUAAAUGUUCACAUAGCCAUGAAACAUCCUUCAAAAGAAAAGCAUUUUCAUUGCUUACUCUGUGGAAAAUCAUUUUACACAGAAAGCAACCUUCACCAGCACUUGGCCAGUGCUGGGCACAUGCGAAAUGAACAGGCGAGCGUGGAGGAGCUGCCUGAAGGAGGCGCAACCUUUAAGUGUUUGAAGUGCACGGAGCCCUUCGAUUCAGAGCAGAGCUUGUUUCUCCACAUCAAAGAGCAGCAUGAAGAGCUGCUGCGGGAAGUCAAUAAAUACAUUGUUGAAGACACUGAGCAGAUAAACAGGGAGAGGGAAGAGAACCAAGGCAAUGUCUGCAAGUAUUGUGGGAAGAUGUGUAGAAGUAGCAAUUCCAUGGCCUUCCUAGCUCACAUCCGUACCCACACAGGAUCAAAGCCAUUCAAGUGCAAGAUAUGCCACUUUGCAACAGCUCAGCUUGGAGAUGCCAGAAACCAUGUCAAGAGGCACCUUGGGAUGAGGGAAUACAAGUGUCAUGUCUGUGGGGUGGCAUUUGUGAUGAAGAAGCAUUUGAAUACUCAUUUGCUGGGCAAACAUGGAGUUGGCACCCCCAAAGAAAGGAAAUUUACAUGUCACCUGUGUGACAGGAGCUUCACGGAGAAGUGGGCGCUGAAGAACCACAUGAAGCUGCACACGGGAGAGAAGCCGUUCAAGUGCACCUGGCCCACCUGCCAUUAUUCUUUCCUCACAGCCUCUGCAAUGAAGGACCACUUCAGGACUCACACAGGCGAGAAGUCGUUCCUCUGUGACCUUUGUGGCUUUGCCGGCGGGACGCGCCAUGCCCUCACCAAGCAUCGGCGGCAGCACACAGGAGAGAAACCAUUCAAAUGUGAUGAGUGUAACUUUGCUUCCACCACACAGUCGCACCUGACGCGACAUAAGCGUGUCCAUACUGGAGAAAAGCCUUACAGAUGUCCCUGGUGUGACUACAGGUCUAACUGUGCAGAAAAUAUCCGUAAACACAUCUUGCAUACAGGAAAGCAUGAAGGAGUAAAAAUGUACAACUGUCCCAGGUGUGACUAUGGAACAAAUAUCCCUGUGGAGUUUCGGAACCACUUGAAAGAGCUACACCCAGACAUUGAAAAUCCUGAUCUGGCAUAUUUGCAUGCUGGCAUUGUGUCCAAGUCCUAUGAGUGCCGACUGAAGGGGCAAGGAGCAACCUUUGUGGAAACCACGAGCCCUUUUACUGCAGCAGCACUGGGAGAGGUUUCUCCAGUGAAGGAGAAGGCCUUUCAGGGCAGCAGGAGACAGCCACAGUCCCCUGAAGAAGUUCAGCAGUUCAUUAUUAUUCAAGGAUACGACGGCGACUUCGCCAUCGAUGCUUCUGUGGAAGAGACGGCAGCAGCCACCCUGCAGACACUGGCGAUGGCGGGGCAGAUGGCCAGGGUGGUCCACAUUACGGAGGACGGGCAAGUCAUAGCCACAAACCAAAACGGCUCCCACGUGAGUAGUGUGGUUCCUGAGCAGAUCCUUACAGAGCAGUUAGCAGAUGGCGCCACACAGGUGGUGGUGGUUGAAGGAGCGGGAGCUGACAUGGAAGAGGCCGUUCAAAUAGACACGGUUCCUGACUCCGGCAGCGCGGUACUGCAGCAGAUAAUGCGGCAAGAAGUUUUAGAUGCUUCUGAGGCUACAGUCCAUCCUCCGGAGUCCUCCUCAGCAUUAGAUGCCCUGCUUUGUGCUGUGACAGAACUGGGUGAAGCGGAAAACCAAUCCGAACUCCUUGACAGAUGCAGGUCUGGUCACAAAGACUUCUUGCAAAUGCCGAACCCAGAGAUGCCCGGCAUUCCCAGUGAUGCAGAGGGACAAGAAAUACAAAUGUUCCAUGAAGUUCAGGAGACUCAGGAAGAUACCAAACCUAUGGAAGUAGUGACACAGGUCAUGCACCCAUCGGCUAUAAUUGCAUCUCAGGAGAGAGCUGAGGCUGCCUUCAAGAACAUGGUGCAAGGAGUGUUGCAGUUUGCUGUGUGUGACACAGCUGCGGCCGACCAGCUCAUGAAAGAAGGUGUCACCCAGGUCAUUGUAAAUGAGGAGGGGACUGUGCAUAUGGUAGCUGGAGAAGGUUCUCAGAUAAUAAUGCAGGAAGCUGGUAGCCACACGCUCAGUGUGCAGAGCGAGCAUGUGGAUUUAGUGGAGUCGGAUGGGCAAAUAUCACAGAUCAUUGUCAGUGAAGAAUUAGCUCAAGCCAUGGCUCAGGGUUCUGAUGGUGACUUCUCUGAAGGUGCAACGCACUACAUCGUCACAGAAUUGCCACCAGACAUGCAGGAUGAGCCUGGUGUGUACUCACACACUGUGAUAGAGACAGCUGGGUCCCAAGACAUUCUGCAGACUGAUACUGCUAUAAAAGCAGAAGCUGUAGCCCCUGAUAGAGCAACAGAGCAGUUAACAAGCAUGGUCAUUUAUACAGAGGGUGGCUCACAGGUAAUUCAGGGCCAGAGAGAUUAUAACAAAGUACAAGAAGCAUGAAGAGCUUCACUAGUAGGCCGGGUGCAGAGCAGAGCUGGAUAUUACCAGAAUCAUGGAGGCACUGUAUUCCUGGAAUGCUUUCUGUGAAGCCUUCUCAUUAGAACUUCCUCCAAACCAGGUAACAAAUACAUGUCCUGCUAAUGGGAGGAGUUCACUGAAGAUGAUAAUACAAUUUUGUUACAAUAGCUCUAAGAACUAUUAUAUGUGAUUAUUAUACAACAAACAUACUAGGGUACAAAACAGGAUAAAAAGCCUCCCGCCCAAAGUAGAAAUUGUUCUGUUCAGUGCUUUCUUUGUUGAUGUUUUUGUCUUAAUGUUGUUUUAUCUCAGGGUAAUUCCCUGCCUUCUGUCAUUUUUGUAUAACAUAAUCACAGGAGUAAAAUAAUUGCACUUACGUGUACAUUUUGUGAACAGAUAAAUAUGCAAAAAAAUACAAGCCCCACAAUAACAAGGUGAAUAGGUAAGCAUACAUACAAUAUUGGGUGCCCUUCUUCAUUUUAAAGUAGAACAGGUGACAUUUUGCUUUCUAAAAUCUUACUUUAAAACAUGCUUGGCUAAAAAAAGAUGUCGUCAAAAUACGGAUUUUUUUGCAUCUAAAAUGAAAGUUUUCGUUUUAGUACUUUACUCUUUCAUGGUAACACAUUAGACUUUCCCUAAAGAAGAGCUCAAAAAAGCUACACUUCAGAAAAUCCUUGAUUAUACAUAUUUGGGAAGAAGAACUUGAUGCCUGUAACUUCCACUUAAUUUUAAAUGAGAGUCCUACAUAAGAAAUGUGCAUUUUUUGAAAAAAAUAUUGUCACUGUCGGUGUUUUGCUUUUCUUAUAACUAGUGCUUCAUAUAAAUACCAUAUUGCAGUUCAUUUUGUGAGCUACUUCUCAAAUGUUAGGAGGAUUUUUAAAUAAAAUUCUGACAUUGACAUUAACAUGUAGGGGGAAAAAAGGUGACCUUGUAUUUCUUGCUUAGUCCAGAAUGUCAGUUAUUUACUUGUGGAUAUACUGCAAUUUUUCAAUGCAAGUUCAUGUUGAAAAUAUUUGUUUCAUGAUAAAACUGCUUCUGUUUCUUUAGAAAAAUUGUAAAAUAUAAACUGGCAAGGUUUGGGGAUUUUUUUUUGUCUUUCAAAUAAAAUGUUAGCAUUAAAAUGAAGCAUCAUGAUUUUUAAUAUUGAACAAUAAACAGAACUGGCAUUCAGCAGGAGCAAACGAAUGCUAUCUGUUAUGUCUGUGCGUUUUCUCUUUUCUCUUUUCCUUUCUCUAGCUUGCUAGAUAGAUAAAGAUAAAAGAAUCUAAUUUCUGAAGUGUGCCUCAUGCAUGCUUAAUAUAAUUGUGUAAGUGUUUAGGGUAUAAGCCAUGCUGACUCUAGAGAUAACUGGGUUUCCUAUCAUGUUUAAUAUCUUAAAAUUAUCAACUGUAAGAAAGUUGGGGUGGGGUAAAACAAUAGUUCCUUCCUGAAGCAACUGCUUAAAAAUGUAUUUUCUGAUAGGGCUGCUGAGAAAAGGUGCUUCAUUCUGGGGCUAUAAGAUCCUGCUGCCUCUUCAUCUCUUAUUAUUAUUAUUUUUCAAAUUUUGUUAUUUUCCAAGAGUUGAGGUUGUGUCUUUGUCAAACCCCCAAAAAAGUAAUUUUCAAGUUAGACAUCAAGAUUCAUAAUUAGGCGAGUUUGACUUGCUCAUCUUUCUUAAAAGUGACAGGCUGUUCACUUAC